AUGUACUGGAGAAAUCAUGUUACAAUUCUUUUCACUGUGACUCUGGUCUGGCAGGCUAUUCAUUUAGGAAAAGGUAAGGAAAAAGAACGUGAAGAAUAUGUGAAAAGUCUCAAUGCCACAGCACAAAAGCAGCAUCCCAAGAAUCAAGGGACUUUCAUAAGUGCUCUCAAUGACAUGAAUCAGAGUUAUGAAAGCAGAAAGCAGCACAGUUCCCGGUCAUUGGUACCUUUCACUGGAAUUACAGAGAGUAAAAAACUGAACAGACACUGCUGCCAAAACGGAGGGACCUGUAUCCUAGGGACUUUCUGUGCCUGCCUAAAGCAUUUCACUGGCAGAUACUGUGAACAUGAUGAGCGCAACUGCGGUAGCAUUGCCCAUGGUGCCUGGGUGCUGAAGGGCUGUUGGCUGUGUAGGUGCGGCUAUGGUACUCUGAACUGCCUCUCAGAAAUAAAGCACAAUAACUGUGAUCUGAAAUCGGAAAAGGAGAAAAUUACCAGACUGCAUUCUAGUGGAUUAAGAUUACAACAAGCAUUUUUUGCAUUGGCUUGCCUGCUCACCAUCCUCCUGGUGCUCUGCUGCUGGCAGUUGUGA